UUUAUUUUUUGGAAAAUUCAACGUGUAUCCAUAGAUAUCAUAUCUGUUUAUUUUACUCCAGUUUAAUAUUCAUUGGCCGGAACGAAUUUUCUAUGGUGAAGAAUGCUUUAGAACUGGAGAUUUGGAUUUUCUGAUUGUUUUCGAAUAAUAAAAUUCAUACAAUUUAUUGUCGGCUGGAGUAUGUUGCAUUUAAAGUGGAAGUAACUAUUGUAUGUUUUUGGUACAGAUUAUGUAGUAAUAUCGAGAAUUGAAUAAGCAUGCGCAAGAUUCCUGCAAACGCAAGUAAGAAGAACCCUUGUGGUGUAUUGAGAAGGUGAAAUUAUCAAAUAAUUGUCCAUCGAACAAAGGGAAAAUGACAAUGGAGAGGCUUGGGAAAAUUGUGGUGGUGGGAAUAAAGUUUGAUGGCCAUACUAAAGAGUUAAUGGAUUGGGCAGUUGUGAAAGUAGCUGAUCCAGCAGAUUGCGUGAUUGCCAUUCAUGUUUGUAGGAAUUCUGAUUCCAUUUCGAGAGAGAAAGCUUUGUUGGAUGAUUAUUUGGAAGACUAUAAAGCGUUGUGUAACCAAAAGCAGUCAAUUUUUUGGUGGGGCUCUGGGGGUGGGGGUGUUCAGGUUGCUCUCAGUGCUGAGGUGUUGAAAGGAAAUUCUAUCAGAAAAGCUCUGGUGAUAGAAGCAAAGAACCAUUCUGCAUCAGCUGUUAUAGUGGGAAUAACUAAGUUUAGUGCUCUGGGGGGUUGGUCUUCAAUUGCUAAAUAUUGUGCAAGGCGACUUCCUUCUACAACUGAAGUCAUGGCAGUUCACAAUGGAAAGGUUGUUUUCAGUAGAAAUUCCACAAGCCAACCUGAAGGUCCUAGAAAAGAUCCGAAGCCGAGAUUUUAUUUAACUGGAAACUCCACUUUCAAAGAUACUUUGUCUGAAUUUGGUGAGUCUGAGAUAUCAGAGAUGGGAAGGCUCAGUUAUGAUGGGAUUCUGACCUCCAAGGAUGAAGUUUUUAGCACCGUUGGAAGACACAAAAAAGGUUCUCUUAGUUCAAUCUCUCUUCCAGCGGAAGAUUUUACCCGACAGAGGCCAGGUUGGCCCCUACUCCAAACAGCUAGUUCAAUAACUCAACCAAGUAUUGAAGCAAGAAAUAUGUCGGUGGUAAAAUGGGUAAUGAACUUACCUAGCCGAUCUUUGCUAGAAAUUUCUGAAUCCAAGUCCACGCAAGAGAAAAUGGGGGAUGUUUUUGGAAUAGAGAACCAAAAUUUUACAGCCACUGGUAAAGUAGAGAAAAUAUAUAGUCUCAAAGGGCUGCCCCAAGAGUUGGAGCUGAUACUCAAAACGAAUCCACAUAGCUGCAAAUGGUUCUGCUAUGAUGUGCUCAGAAUGUCAGCUUCUCAUUUCUCUGCAGCCAAUCUUAUUGGACAAGGAGGGUGUAACUCUGUAUACAAGGGGCUUCUUCCUGAUGGAAAACAAGUGGCAAUAAAGAUUUUAAGGUCAUCAAAGGAAGCAUGGAAGGAUUUUAUGCUGGAAGUUGAUAUAAUGACCACAUUGAAGCACCAAAGAAUCGUGCCACUUCUUGGGAUUUGUGUAGAGUGUACUAAUUUAAUCUCUGUUUAUGACUUCUUUUCUAAAGGAAAUUUAGAAGAGAACUUGCACGGUAACAGAAAGGAAAAGGCUGUUUUGCAAUGGGAAGUAAGAUUCAAAAUAGCUGUUGGGAUAGCUGAAGCACUAAAUUACCUACACAAUGAAUGUCCAAGGCCUGUAAUCCAUAGAGACUUCAAGUCUUCGAACAUUCUUCUCACGGAUGAAUUAGAACCACAGUUAUGCGACUUUGGAUUGGCAAUAUGGGGCCCUAAAUCAGCCUCUUUCCUAACUGACAGAGACGUAGUAGGGACCUUUGGCUAUCUUGCUCCCGAGUAUUUUAUGUAUGGGAAAGUCAGUGACAAGAUUGAUGUAUAUGCUUUUGGUGUAGUUCUACUAGAAUUGCUAUCAGGAAGAAAACCAAUUGUUUUGGAGACUCCGAAAGGUCAAGAAAGCUUAGUCAUGUGGGCAAAACCUAGACUAGAAAGUGGAGAUCUCAAAAGCAUAUUGGAUCCAAAUUUGGAAGGUGAUAUUGAUGAGGAUCAAAUGCAAAGAAUGGCUCUAGCAGCAACUCUUUGCCUAAAACAAGCAGCCCGUCUACGUCCAAAAAUGUCCCAGAUUCUGGGCAUCUUAACUGGGGAAAAAUGUGUGAAUGAAGAACUAAAAUCCCAAUACGGAAAUCACAAUGAUCUCGAGAACCUGGAUGAUAAUGAUGAUGAAGUUUAUCCAGAUUCAAGUGCAGAAUCCCAUUUAAGCCUUGCAUUUCUUGAUGUAAAUGACAAUUCUACAUCAUUCAGCAGUAUGGAGCAAAGCAGCCCUCUUUCUGUUGAAGAAUAUUUGAGAAAAAGGUGUAGCAGAUCAUCAAGUUUAGAUUAGUUUGUGCAAACUGUAUAUAGUUGAGAAAAGGGUAGCUUGAACCCAAUAAUGAGAUGAUGUGGGAACAUACUCGAAAGGAGGUGUUCUCGAAUAUUGAAGCACACAUAAAGCGACCUAUAUCAAGCGAUAACGAUUUGUUGAUUUGUUGUCUCGCGUACAAAUAUUGAAGCAUUAAAAAAAAUUGGAGUAAA